AUAACCUUAGGAUCAUUCAGAAAAAAUAACUAAAUUUUCUUUUUCUUAUAGACAACGAAGUUAAUUAACAAGAGCAUCCGGAAGGGCAUGCAGAACUACUAUGAUGACCUGGACUUUAAGAACAUCAUGGACUAUGUUCAAAAGAAGUUUAAGUGUUGUGGGGGAGCAGAUUAUAAGGACUGGGAAGUCAAUAUGUACCACAACUGUUCUGCACCCGGACCGCUCGCCUGUGGAGUCCCGUACACCUGCUGUGCCACCUCUAAGCCCAAUGAAGUGCCGAACACCUUGUGUGGCUCCAAAGCUUUGGAAGCACAGGGCCCUGGGACUACCAUCUACCAGACAGGCUGCACUGAUGGGUUCCUGUUGUGGGUAGAAGAAAACUACUUAAUUAUUGGAGGAUUGCUGCUGGCGAUCGUAGUACCUCAGGUAUUCGGUAUAGUUUGCACCUACUUUUAUGUAUCCCAAAUCGAGCAGAUGGAAGAAAACGCACUAACAAGUGGAAAGAAGCCACCCCGUAUGUUUAAAAUGUUCAUGCCACAAUGAAAAUGACGAUGACAAACACAAACUUGGAGCUUAAGGCUUGAUAUGUUGUGUGUAUGGCAGUUAGGCUUUUUCCAGAGUUCAAUAUUCUCUCUCUAAAUUCUGUGUUAUCUGUUCAGUUUAAAUUUUUGAAUUUACAAAAGGUAAAUAAAAGGGCAUUUCAGCUGCAUUCUGCCUCAGACCAGCUCAGGGAUUCACCAGAUAAACACCAAAGUAACCGCUGUCUACCUGUUUGUAUACCUACCUACUCGCUGCUGGCGCUCUGCUGCAGGAACGAGUCACAUGUUGUUUUUCAAGUGCAUGAACGAUAGCAUUGGAGGUUUGGUAAAUAAAUCUUAACCAAGAAAGUGUCUUCCUAGAAUCACAUUUGGUGAAACAAGCAUCACAGAUUUAAAAACUCAACUUUACUAGUUGAAAUAUUUGAUUACGUUUGUGUGUUCUUUUUUUAUGAUUUAUCUUUGUAACCUUUGGAGAUUGUGGGACAUGUGUUAGUUUGAAUAAACGUAGAAGGUUUACUUCUUUUUGGGAACUUUAGUUUGGUGUAAGUAUGAAUCAUUUUAGUUUUUUUAGGUUUUGAUGUAAACAUUUAUAAUUGAAGUUAAAACAAACUGUGACAUUGUUUUUUUUUUAUUAGACUUCAAGCAUGAAAAUAACUUCUUAGUAGUAAAGCUGCAUAUCGGUGUUAAUUAUAACUUAAAUAUUUGUAAAACAAUUCGACUCCAGCAGUCUUCUGCAUCAAAACUUAAUAAAAAUGGAAGAAAAUUAUGAAUUUUUUGAAGUUCUGUAUAAUUAUUCAAUGAGACUUCACAGUAUAAGGGGAUUUUUUAACCUGCAUGCAUAUAGACAAAUUAAACCUUUUUUAUGAUUAAAAGGAACCUUUUAUUGACAUGAAAAUAUUGUGGAGAUAUUCUGUAAAGCGUAAUACAAUGCAAAUGUUAUUCCUGCAGGGAAAUGUGCUGAAACUGUUUCUACAGUAUUCCAUCAUUGUUACACUUUAGUAAAAUGAAUGAUCUGUUCAUCAAUUUUUAAAUGACUCCUCAUGUAGAGGGGCAGCAUCCUCUUCAUCCAGUUGUCAUUAAUCUGGACAUCUAAUUACUUUUUUGAAUUUUUUUGUGUUGAAAAAUCAAAUGAAUAAAUUGUUUGAAAAAUGCAGUUUUUCUUUUUUUUGAUGUUGUUUCUGUUAAAGGAUAUUUGGUGUUUGGACAUGGUAAAUAAAUGAUAGAUGACAUCACA